AUGACAUUUAAGGUCAACCUCCAAUUCUUCGAGUUAUAUAGUAUCUGCCUUUGCAAGAAGACGCCCGAACGCACUGCAGAACUUAUAACUGCCGCCCAUCAAAGGACUCUCCGUUUUCAAGUGUUCCCCGAUUCUCCGACUCCCGACUCCUGGCCUGGCACCCCUCACCUCCUGGACACACCGCUCCUCCUGGCACACCGCGCUCCUCCUGACACCGCUCACCUACCUCUGGCACCCCUCACCACCGUCUGGCACACACCUGCAACGCUCCUGGCACCCUCACCCAACCUCCUGGCACGCGCGCACCCUCCUGGCAGCCGGCUCACCUCACCUCCUGGCACACCCUCACCUCACCUUCCUGCACAAGACUCACCUCCUGGCACGCCUCACUCUCACCUCCGGCACAUUGCCUGCGCUCCUACCGCUCCUCAUGGCAACCCUCUAGGACGCUCCUGGCACAAUAAAGCGCACUACACCACUCACCUGCACUGGCACCCUCAACCUCACCUCCUGGCACACCCUCGACGCUCACCUGGCACAGCCACCUCACCUCCUGGCACACUCCUCACCUUCCCUGGCACACCCUCAAACCUUCCUGGCACACCCUCAACACCUCCUGCAACACCCUCACUCCUGGCACCUCACCUUCCUGGCACUAGCCCUCACCUGCACCCUCCUGGCAACCCUCACCUCCUGGCAACCCUCACACUUCCUGGUACCACUCACCUUCACCGCUGGCACCUACCUCACCUCCUGGCACCUCAACCGCACCUCCUGGCACCCUCACCACCUGCCUGGCAACACCUACACCUCUGCGCACUCCUCACCCUGGCAACAACACACCUACACCCCUCAAACCUCCUGCACACCCUCACUUCGCUGGCACCCCUCACCUCCUGGCACCCCAUACCCCUCACCCACUGGCACACCCGCACCUCCUGGCAACAGCCACUCACGCUCCGGCACAUCACGUCACCCUCACCUCCUGGCACCACCAGAGGUACCCUUCAACUUCCUGCGGCACACCCUACCUCCCUGCGCACAACCUUCUCCACUCCUCCACUGGCACACCCCAACACAACUACCCUCUACUCACUCCUGGCACACCCUCACCUCCUGGCCACACCUUACUCUCCCCUCACCUCCUGGCACACCCAGCAACUCCUGGCCACCUCCGCACUCACCUCCCUAGCACCCUCACCUCACCUCCUGUGCACACCUCACACUCCGGCAACAACACCCUCACCUCCUGGCACACCCUGCACCUCCUGGUUUCCCGGCACUCUGGACAAAAACCCCUCCCGUCUCACCAUCCUGGCACAUAUGUCUCAACCUUCUGCGCACACUCUCACCUCUCUUGGCAACACACUUAUACCCGGCACCUCCUGGCACAUCCGCACCUCCUGGCAACACCCUCACCUCCCUGCAACAGUCCCUCCACUCCUGGGCACACACCUCACCCUCCUGGGCACAUCCGCCCUCCUGGCAGCACGCUCGCACUCUCCUGGCACAGUCGCACCUCCUAGGCACACCCUCAACCUCCUGGCAAAAAACAUCCGACGUUCCUGGCCCUGCCAUCAUCCCUCACCUCCUGGCAACACCUCCACCUCCUGGCACACCUGCGACCUCUGGCACACAACUCUCCUGUACCUCCUGAGCAGCACAUCUCUGGUCCUAAGGCCCCUCGGACCUCCUGGCACAUCCCACCUCCUGGCACACCCUCACCUCCUGAGCACAAUCCGCACGCUCCCUGGCACCCUCACCUCCUGGCACCAGUUGCAGGAGCGGGGGUCUUCACCUUACCUGGCCCAGCAGGUCAACCUCUUGGCACCUGACUUGCCAUCCUGGCAACGAUUUCAGAUCUUCCUCACCUCCUGGGCACAUCAAGGCCUCCACUCCAUCCCUGGCACAUUUACUCAACACAAACCUGCACGCACCUUUAUCCUUCCUGGCACAUUACUCCCUGCACCGUCCAUCCCUGGCAUCCUCACCGCUCCCUGGCACGCCCUCCUCUCACCAUUCCUGGCACGAAGCUUCCACUUACUCUCACCUCCUGCAACACCCUCUACCUCCUGCACCACACACCGCAACCUCCUGGCACAUCCGCAUCUUCUGGCACACCCGCACCUCCUGGCACAUCCUCACAACCUUCCUCGCGCAACACCCGCCCUCGCUGGGCAGCCGGCCUCACCUCCUGGCACAGCACCCGCAUCUUCUGGCACCCGGCCCGUCACGCGCCUUCGUUCACUGGCACCGUCCUCUAGGCGGUUGGAUUGCAUCUUGGACGGUCGUUAUCACUUGGCACCGUUGUCCUCAUACCGUGCCUGUGCAGACCGUUUUUCAUCUAUGCCCUCUGGCUCACCUCCUGUAGCGCACUCCAGCUCGGCUUGA